AUGAGUAGCAAUAAUACCGCCGCAACGCUCUCGAAGCCGCCUUCGCUCAUCAACCUGCAGUUGGGCUGGCCCUCGCCCCGUCUCUUCGCAGCAAGCGCUCUCUUAGACGGCGCAACACAAGUCCUGACCUCGGAAUCCGAAACCGCUGCGGCGCUCAUCUAUGGCCCUCACAUUGGCCACCCUCCCCUCCGAAAGAGCAUCGCAGAGUGGCUCUCGUCCGUUUACGGCACAGAGAUAGACCAUGAGAGAAUCUCCAUCAACAACGGCGCGUCCGGCAACCUGGCCAAUGUCCUGCAAAAGUUCACAGAUCCCCUCUACACGCGCAAGAUCUUCAUGGUGGAACCGACGUACUUCUUGGCCUGCCCAAUCUUUGAAGACAACGGGUUCCAGGGCAAGCUCGCAGGUGUGCCCGAGAACGGCAAAGAAGGCCUCGACGUCGCCUUUCUGCGCCGCGAGCUUGCCGCCGCCGAAACAAGAGCCGUCGAGGAUGCAAAUAAACUCGGCCGACCCGAUAUUCCCACCAUCAAAGUAGGGAAAACGUACCCAAAGAUCUACAAAUAUGUCAUUUACAUAGUUCCCACGUUUUCGAAUCCCAGCGGAAAGACGCUUUCGCUCCCGAUUCGCAAGGAACUCGUGGCCCUCGCCCGAGAGUAUGACGCUCUCGUCGUAUCAGACGACGUCUACGACUUUCUGAGCUGGCCCGAGGAUUCAUCUGCUCCAGAUGACGCAGUCGGUGCCGUACCGCCAAGACUUGUCGACAUAGAUCGCAACAUGCCCGGCUACGGUACUUGGGGAAACACCCUCAGCAACGGAUCUUUCUCCAAAGUCAUCGGGCCUGGUAUCAGAGUCGGCUGGGCGGACGGUACGCCGGCGUUCGCCAAAGAACUAGCCGAGGUAGGAUCUUCGAGCUCCGGCGGCGCACCCUCUCACCUCACAUCCACAUUUGUCGAUAAAAUGCUGCGGAGCGGCAAUCUGCAAGCACAUAUCAAGAAGACCCUCAUACCUACAUAUCGUGAGAGGUACUACUCCCUAAUGACCUCUAUCCGCAGUGUCCUAGUAGCAUUGGGCGUCACGGUGGAAGUCAGUAACGCUGAGAGUGCCGCAGAGGCAACGGCAGGAGGGUUCUUCACAUAUCUUCGGCUUCCAGAAGACCUCCCAGUGGCACGUACAGUGGCCGCUGUCGCUCUGAAAGAGAAACAACUCCGCGUCGCAUUCGGACAUAUGUUUGUUGUCAGUGGAGAUAAAGGGAGCAUUCAGAGAGCAGAGUUAGAAGAUGGAUUUGCCAGGUGCAUCAGACUGUGCUGGGCAUGGCAUGAGGUAGCUGAGAUCAAAGAAGGUAUCGACAGACUGGCUGCUACUAUUGUCGAUAUCAGAUCUAGGAUAGAAGCUGGGGAGGAUUUCAGUGAGCAGGUUUCUAUCGGAAUCAGGUAG